AUGGCGUAAGGAGGGAGGGCUACGAUAGAAGGUUUGAGUGCGCGAGUGUAGGCUGUCAAUGUCCAGGUGGGUCGAAAGGAGUAAUCUUGUUGUUUGGGGUAUAUGGGAAUUGGGAACUGGUCGUUUAUGUAGGAAACAGUGGCAUCUAUUUGAGGAUGGAUGAAGUAUGAGGAAGCCUUGCGCAUGCAACUGGUCACCCCGCGAGUGGUGUAUUUUACAGACGCUGCCUUCAUUUCAUACUAUGCUUCAACACAACGAAUGUAGAUCCUGAGCAGGACAUGCCCAGCCAUGCCUCGAAUUCCGAGACCGUUGAGCAUCCAUAUGGAGCUCACUGGUCCUUGGAGAAGUCCAGACAGAGACAGAUUUCUGAAGCAGGUCAAGCACAUCGACAUCAACCCUCGAAUCGCUUCGCUCCUCGAAAAGCCAACAUGGUCGGUCGCCUCGCUGAUGCCACCAGCUGACCUGGACAAGUCCGAGAUCACGCGCGAGAAACUCCACCACCUGCUUCGCCUAUCCGCGCUUCCACCGCCAGCUAAUGAGGCUGAAGAGUCCGAAAUGAUGGAAACACUGGCUCAGCAAAUCCAUUUCGUAAAGGAGAUACAGAAAGUGGACACUACCGGCGUUGAACCUUUAGUCGCCAUUCGUGACGAGACCGUCGAAGCACAGCAGGAAAGUCAGUUCACGAAGGAGUCCUUGGCCCAUUUCCUGGCUCUGGAGGAAAGACGGGGAAAAAGUGGCAGGAUACGUCGACGGAGAGACACAGAGCCUGUACCUCCCCAGGACACGAGGCCGAAACGGUUUCUACCUGAAAAGGCCGACGAUCGCCUGAAAGACCCAUUCGCUCUCAGCGACGACCCUGGUUUCGAGGCGGACAAGAAGAGAGGGCAAUACUUUGUCGUGCGGAGGAGUGGGAAGGACACUGAACACCCAGGCUGAAGACGUCCUCUGUGGCGACUGUCCAACAACCUAGGGAUGGAUGGAUACAUCGAUACUUUUAAGAAAUAGGGAUUCUGUCCGGCCCCGAGAAGAGCACGUCUCAAUGGACGGGGGCUCAACUGAAACGACAUGAAUAUGUGUCACAUACUCAGA